GGAAAUCGUCCAGAACUACUAACCAACAUAGCAGGUCAUGGGUUGGACAACCUUAUGGGGAUGGUAAUCCGGAGGCAGUCCAUAGAAUGAUGUCUCAGAGGAUAUAGCUAGGCUAAGGCCAAACGGAAUGAGGGAAUCUUAUGCAAUCGAGGCUAGUCAGAGAUCUAUCGUGAUAGGAAUAGAAAGCCUGAACCUGGAAGAUAUGAGAUACAACAAGAGAAAUCCCUUCUCAGAGAUUGGAAUGAGUGCAACGAUACGAAGAAAAACAACAGUGGAACUUAAGAAAAAGUGGAAUUUGCUUUUCUGCUUUUUUUUCUUGCUUUUGCUUCCCAUUCAUCAGAUAUAGAGAGUAUAGUACGGAAAGAUGAGGUAACCACCGCGCCAGGUACCAUUCUUUGAUCACCAAUGAUCUUCAGUACCACAAUCCCAUCUGUACCAUCUUGAAGCCUUUUCCUAUGCAUAUCAACGCGUCUGCUUUGGUCCACAUAUGUCUCUCCUGCGCUCAAUUAACCCUUCGCCUCGCCUCGUCUCCUUCUUUUUUUUUUUUUUUUUUUUU